AAAAAAACCUUUAACGUGGAUGCAUGAUGUAUAUCUACAGUACGUAUGGCUUUUAUAACAGUUACAGCCACACCGGGAGCAGCGGUCAGUGGGAACCUUACCUGGGAAAUGCACGAUGACCAGGACGAGAACGCUUUUCAAGCUCUUCGCAACCUGUUCAGCAUUCAACCCUGUCCAAGAAAAAAUGCGACACAGAAUCUCAUGACUUUGAAUUCCAUGAAACAAGUAAACGCUGAAAAAUAUAACAUCUCCUUUGGAUCGGGCGACGAUAAUCCAAGUGAUUUCAAUAUCGCCGCAUAUCAGGCAUUUGAUGUGUAUGUGCAAACGUUGUUGGAGAUUUACAAAAGUGGAAGUGGAAAGGAAGCAUUUGGUGGAGCUUCUGUAGCGAAUCACAUGCUGCGAAAACGGUAUAAUACAACCGGUUUCGGAGCAUUGUAUAUUGACAACGGAGGGCAGCGCCGAUCUCGCCACUGUAUUUUGGAUCUAAAUGUCACCAGCAAACUCUUCGAAACAGUGAUUUAUUAUGAACCCUACUUGAAAAAGAUGGACAACGACGACGGCAUGGUACUGGACUUUGGUGGCGGGCCACCGCCUCGAAACGAACCCAUAUGUGGAUAUCUUGGAACUAAAUGCAAACCAGCCGACAAUAUUCUUACGCGAACGCUUCCAUCGGUCAUCGCAGCACUGGCUGUUCUGGCCGUGUUCUUCUGGCUUCUUUUCAAGCGUUUGAGUCGCGAACAGCAGAUUAAAAGUAACAUUUGGUCACUGGACGCUACUCUUCUCGAGCCGGCUACCGGCGUCAGUGUGUCAUCCGCCUCUUUCAAAUCCAGCAAAAAGUUGAAUAAUUCGAUGCAUCAUCAUUACGAGAAACCAGAUUAUCGGUACAAAGGCGAACCGGUAGGCGUGCACAUUUAUCUGCGAAAGCAUGGUCGGAAGGUGUUGGACAAGCGCAAUGACAAAAAAUUACUGAUGCAAAUUAUGCAAGCGUCGCAUCCCAACAUUGUGCCCUUUCUGGGGGUGUGCCUGCAGAAUGAGCGGGUAUACUUCUUGGAAAAAUUCUGUUCCCGAGGGAGUCUUGUCAAUGUGUUGCUGGAUACGAAUCAGUAUUCCGAUUGGGAGCUAAGGUGUUCGCUUAUCAAUGACCUUAUCGAGGGACUAUGCUACAUCCAUGACAGUCCUCUAAAGCGCCACGGUUCACUUUUGCCAUCCGUUUGUUUAAUUGACACGCGGUUUACUCUGCUCAUUUCCCAACUGGGUUUCGUUGAUCUCGUGGGACCGGCCCACAAUCUGAUCGCUAUCGACAAGCACGGCAAUCUCAUGGACGAAAGUGACCGGUGGGCGGUGUCAUCUAUGAAUCUGAGAGCCAGUGAGGAGCGGGCCCUAAUGGAUGCCAGCGGCGAUAUUGUGCGCCUGGGUCGCAUUAUUGAGGAAACACUAUUAGCCGCGGACACCAGUGCUCCGCCGACAGAGACACAAACUAGUCUGCAAAAACUGGUUACGUCAUGUUCUAGUAAUGUAAAUCCGAAACUGCAUCCAACGACGAAGGUUAUCCGAGAUCGCUUCCGCCGUAUCUGUAAAAUCAAAGGUGAUGGCUUGUUAGUGAAUAUCUUGGCGCGGAUGGAAACAUACGCGGCGCAACUGGAAAAGCAGGUGCAGGAACGUAGUGCGGCACUGGCUAAGGAGAGAGCGAUCUGCGAUGAAUUACUGCUAGAAGUGCUGCCCAGGUGGAUUCUGGAUCAACUAUAUUCAGGCAGCAAAAUUACACCAGAGGUGUUUUCGUCUUCCACAAUAUUCUUUAGUCAUAUAUGGGGAUUCCUGCAUUUCGUAUCCACCCACAGUCCACUGCAAACCUUCAGCGUCAUCAGUAGUUUAUUUGUAAAGUUUGAUAAAAUUGUGCCUAAUUUUAAUGUCUACAAAGUGGAAACCGUGGAAGACCAGUACAUGGUUUUCAGUGGACAAAGUGAUACUGGGAAGUACGAACAUGCGGUGGAAAUUUGCCGAAUGGCACUGUCUUUCCGAAUUUCGUUUUCCCAGACACGCAGCGACGGUUUAUUACAGUUCAUGGCUGGCGCACAUACCGGUCCAUGCGCCGCCGGAGUGAUAGGGCAUAAAUGUCCUCGAUACUGUUUAUUCGGAGACAGUGUUAAUGUUGCGUCACGAAUAUCGACAAGCAGCAAACCUUCCCGCAUCCACCUUUCGGCUUCCACUGCAGAAAGUAUUCAGAAAUGCCCGGAAUUCGUUGUAAAACAACGCGGACUAACCUCGCUGAAAGGAAGAGGGGAAAUGCAAACAUUCUGGCUGAACUCGUCCUCGCAGAAUUGAGUAAAACCGCUAAAAUGGAAGCUCAAACGCAGAUAAAAUUUUCCACUAGGGAAAUAUAAGCAUGCUCGAUUUAACUUUGCAGUCGGCAA